UAUUUCAAGUAUGAUACGAUCACCGUGACAAGUCUUAUGCCCGUCACACCACCGUGUUUUGAAUGCACGACGCAGACCGCACAACCGGCAAAUAAAAUUUGUUCCGAUCUGGUCGCAACAUUCAAAUACGCAUGUACAGAUGACCCGUGCCAUACAACGAGUCCGUGUUCAACUCCUAAGCCCAGUUGCAAGAAAAAAAGGUCUAAAAAACCGUGCUGUAUUAAACAUUUGGAAGAAGCGUACAGAAAACGCAAGCUCAAAACGUUGAAGAAAAACAAGAAAAGUAAAAUCAUAAAAAAAUACGAUUCGCAGGCCUAUUGUUUUUGGGACCACAGGGGUCUAGUACAGGACUAG